CAUAAUCACACAAUCCCCUGUCGCAUCUCCUCACAACUUCCAAUCUACAAUGGCAGGAUUCAAACGCGGCGGUGCUCGCGGCGGUGCUCCCAAAAAGACAUUCCUCAGCAAAAAACGUGUCGAGCCGUCCGACGACGAAGACAGACCGGCGCGCGCGAGCAAGAAAGCCAAGGCGGACGACGAAGACGAGGAAGUGGGGACUCUAGUCCCGAAACUAGAGAAAGAUGAGGAGGGGAAUCAGUAUGUUGCUUUGAACACAAGUGGCAAGCGACGCGCAACAGUGAGCGAAUUCAAGGCCAAUGUGUAUGUGAAUAUUCGGGAGUACUAUGUGACGGAUGCCGGGGAGUCGAAGCCGGGAAAGAAGGGUAUCUCUCUCUCGAUCGAAAACUACAAUGCGCUGCUCGCUGCUGCGCCGCUGAUUGAGUCUGUACUCGCGAAGAAGGGUGUAGAGGUUGUGCGACCGGAGUAUGAGGGAGCGGAGAAGAGUGUGCAAACGAACAAAGAGGAGCCAGCAGAAGAGGAUGAAGAAGAGGAGGAUGUUGUUAUCAAGGCGGAUGAUGAGGAUGAGGAGGAUUGAUGGGCGUGUCUUCGCAUGGGCAAGCGUGUAUAGUAUAGGGCUUGAUUGGCGUUCCGGUAUAAUACGUGGAAUAUCGGCACCGAAAGGAGUCUCGGUGGUGCUUAUGGAUAUAGGGACGCAUUUUAUUGUGUUAUACAUUACUCGUAUGGUUUUUGUCUUAUGUCACAUCGCGCCGCGUCGCGUUGAGAGUGGGAACAGCCAUCAGACUGCGCCGCUUGCAUAAGAAGUGCCCAUCGGGGGCUCAGCAGAUACACAAAGAGAUGAAAUUCCAGAGCAGAGAGUCCUUGAUACAGCAAAUCAGAUGUCACUAAAAAGAUCGGGUCUACCCGUCCAAUAGUCAUGGUUCAGUCUCAGUCCAGU